AUGGCGAAGGCUGCUGGAGAUCACUCCCCAAAGCUGCAGUUGUUAUCUACUGGGGAUUUGCCUGCUCUUGAAGGUCUGCUUCGAUGUGGCAAGAGCUGCCGGCUCAGGUGGAUAAACUACCUCCGUCCCGAUCUCAAGCGUGGCAACUUUACGGCGGCAGAAGACGAGCUCAUCAUCAAGCUCCAUGGCUUGCUUGGGAACAAAUGGUCUCUCAUAGCAGGGCGAUUGCCGGGUAGGACCGACAACGAGAUCAAGAACUACUGGAAUACAACCAUCAAGAGGAAGCUCCUCGGCCGUGGCCUCGACCCUCAGUCUCACCGACCCAUCGAGCUGAUCACUAACCCGUUCGCUACCUUAAAACAACAAGACGUGUCCAUGGCUCAGGACUGCACGACUGUAGCAAAGGUCUUAAACUUUCUCCAGCGACGACGGCAGCAGCAGCAGCACCGACCUCAAUCUCGAUCUCUCCAUAAGCAACGUACCGCAAGAAGAAUGACAACAGAAGCAGCACAAGCAACGUACCGCAAGAAGGAUGACAACAUGCCCACCUAUUCCCUUCAGAGUGUGGCAGAUAUAACUCAGAUCGUCAGGGUGGCAAGGGUUCCACCAUCAUCAGCUUUCGAUGCAGGCUUCAGCUGGCCUGACGAUGAAGAGGAGCCGCAGGAGGGCAAGCAAGAGUAA